AGACAUUCUUUCUGGAACAACGUCCACACUUCCACCAAAACCUUGCUACAACAACCUGGAGCCAAGGUUCUCGAGAUGCCUGUUGACUACAGCAAAUGGGACGCGCUCGAGCUGAGCGACGACUCCGACAUCGAAGUCCAUCCCAACGUCGACAAACGCUCCUUCAUCCGCGCCAAGCAGAACCAGAUCCACCAGCAGCGAUUCGAACGCAAGAACCAAAUCGAGACGUACAAGUACGAGCGGAUAGUCAACGAUGGCCUGCUCCGACGGAUCAGCGGCCUGCUUUCUACUUUAGAGUCGCAUAAAGCCGAGGCAGAGACUCGCAAGCCAGAGGAGAUAUUCAUGCAGACGUUUAUGGAGACUAUCAGGGAUGCGGGUGAGGAUGCACCGCCGCCUCCGCCAGCUGGCGUCCAUACGCAGGAAAAAGAACAGCCUACAUAUUCGAAGAUGAUGGCUGCGUUGGUAGACCAAGUUCAAGCAAAGAUCAAGGAAAAUAAGUCAGAUGGUAGCUUCGACGCAUAUGCCACCGAAGUUAAGAGCCACCUUACGAAGGUCCAGGAUCUACAAAAGCAACUGUUAGAGGAAUUGAACAAGCUAGAGAAGGAAGAGGGUAGAAAGAUCACGAGCGAGAGCAUACACACAGGCUUCGACAGCUCUUUCGUCGCCAAAUCCGACCAUAAGCCAGCACCGAAAACAACAACCAAGAAGGAGACGGUCCAAGCAGUUGAAGUACUGAACCCGCAUGCUCUCGCUUCUCAACAUGGGCACGACCCAGCUCAGUCUUCUGGCGCGGAUGCAGAUGUCGAUGAACCUUUACCUCUCGAGGACGAUGACGAAGCCGAGGUCGAAGCCUCGGAGCUUGGAAAGCAAUUUGCGUUGAUCAAGAUGGGCGAUUAUAGGGCGUGCUUGCAAUUCAUCUCCGAACAUCCGCAAGUCAUGGCUGAGAGGGAGACAGAUGGUCUGUUGGUUAUGGCGUUCAACGCAGCUAUCGGCCACAUGGAUGACUUUUCACGGCAAUGCGUCCACCAGGCUCUUCUUCUUCAAUAUUGCAGGGCAUUAGGACGAGAUGGUGUUGGUCUGUUCUUUAAGCGUAUUACCACACAGGGACACCAAGCACAAAAAGUCUUCUUCGACGAUGUUCAGUCUACUUAUCAGCGUAUCAAGUCAAGAGCUAAGGAGAUUGAGAAGCAGAGAGCUCAGGAGGAAGCAGAUGGUUCCGGUGGAGUUGAGCAGAUCCAACUGCAUGCCGUUGAUCCUGGUACUACGAUCAAUAUCAAGAUCCCACCCAAAACCAGUGAAGACCCUGUUGAGAUUGAGGCGAGAAAAUUGUUUGACGCUUUCCCGCCUGGACUGCAGAGGGCUUUGGAGAGUGGAAGUCUGGAUGAGGUUAAUAAGGUAUUGGGUAAGAUGAGUGUUGAGGAAGCUGAGGAGGUGGUUGGUCAGCUGGGAGAGGGUGGCAUGCUGUCUCUUGAAGAGCAAAUCAUUGAUGCUACGACAGAGGAAGGCCAGAAGGCCUUGAAGGAAUUUGAGGAACAGGAGAGAGCUGCUGCGGCGGAGAAUGCCAAACUCUCGGAGAAAUAUGCUGAUGAUCCUGAAUGACGGAUUUAUUCUGGAAGGACGAUUUGACGGCAGAAACGUGACUGCAUGAAGCACGGUCGUUAGCGAUUCUAGAUUUCAAGUCAUAAAAGGCAAUCACAUCCACAAUCACAC